AAACUGCCAGUGGAGGACACUGGAGGCCUUAAUCCUUGUCCACUCACCCCUCUCCUGCUUUCUUUCUCUUGGUAAAGUUUGGUCAGUAAGGGACUUUCCAAUGGCUCGAGAACUUAAACCCCUCUACGCCCUUUUGCUGGUUGUGGCCUGCCUUGCCGCUCCAAGUUUUGCACUUGCAGAAGCUCCAGGUACUGCAACCACAAAAGCUCCAGGUACUGCAACCAGAAAAGCUCCAGGUGCUACAACCACAGAAGCUCCAGCUACUGCAACCACAGAAGCUCCAGGUACUGCAACCACAGAAGCUCCAGGUACUGCAACCACAAAAGCUCCAGGUACUGCAACCACAGAAGUUCCAGGUACUGCAACCACAAAAGCUCCAGGUACUGCAACCACAAAAGCUCCAGGUACUGCAACCACAGAAGUUCCAGGUACUGCAACCACAGAAGCUCCAGGUACUGCAACCACAGAAGCUCCAGGUACUGCAACCACAAAAGCUCCAGGUACUGCAACCACAGAAGCUCCAGGUACUGCAACCACAGAAGUUCCAGGUACUGCAACCACAAAAGCUCCAGGUACUGCAACCACAGAAGUUCCAGGUACUGCAACCACAGAAGCUCCAGGUACUGCAACCACAGAAGCUCCAGGUACUGCAACCACAAAAGCUCCAGGUACUGCAACCACAGAAGCUCCAGGUACUGCAACCACAGAAGCUCCAGGUACUGCAACCACAAAAGCUCCAGGUACUGCAACCACAGAAGCUCCAGAUACUGCAACCACAGAAGCUCCAGGUACUGCAACCACAGAAGCUCCAGGUACUGCAACCACAGAAGUUCCAGGUACUGCCACCACAAAAGCUCCAGGUACUGCAACCACAGAAGCUCCAGGUACUGCAACCACAGAAGCUCCAGGUACUGCAACCACAAAAGCUCCAGGUACUGCAACCACAAAAGCUCCAGGUACUGCAACCACAGAAGCUCCAGGUACUGCAACCACAGAAGCUCCAGGUACUGCAACCACAAACGCUCCAGGGACUACAACCACAAAGGCUCCAGGGACUACAACCACAAAAGCUCCAGACCCUUGCGUUAAAAACCCAUGUGGCAAUGGGGCCACCUGUGAACCUCGUGCCAAUCAAAACUUUAUAUGCUUAUGUUUGCCUGGUGAUUUCUACAUUGAGGUCAGAAGAACAUGUGAGAGUGCCAAAGUUUUUCCUGGAACACUACAUCUUCCUGGAAUAGAUUACAUUGCAGAAAUGAAUAACACUCAUUCAGAGGUCUUUCUAAAGGAAUCAAUGUCAAUCAGUGAGGAGCUGAUGAGUGUUUUUGAGAAUUCGGAUUAUCUUUACUCUGGAUCUACAGUGCUGCAAAUCAGCCAGAACAAAGGAAAAGGCAGCAAAGUUUCAUCUAGUACAGGCAAAGGGGUCAAUGCAGAGGUACAGAUCUUCUUCAGUGCAAGUUCUGAAAUUACAACAACAGUCGUUGAGAAAGAACUGUCUGACGCCAAGGACUGUGUGAAUUGCCUACUUCAAAGUUCAGCAUUCAAAUCUUCAGAACUGUGUAUGCAGACUACCUGUGAUGCUAAUACUGAUAAGUGCACGUCUGGAAAUGGAACUUUUACCUGUACCUGUUUGCCUGGUUUCAUUAACACCAUCUACACUCAAAGGAUAUGCAUUGCAGCAUGUCCCAAUGGUGAAAAACCUGGACCGAAAGGCUGUGAAAGUUGUCCAUUUGGUUAUUCUGGCUUCAACUGCCUUGAUUCAUGGAAGCUGGUGCUGGUUAUCGUCGGCUCUCUGCUCGGGGGACUGCUACUCAUCAUGAUCAUUCUUGUGAUUGUAUUUGCAGUCAGAUCCCCAAAGAAAAAGAGCUCCAAAAAGAACAAAAACGCAGACACUGGGAAGUCUUAUUUCAGUCAACCUCCUGUCAAGGCGCCAUUGGCAGCCAAAAGCCAGCUACCCUCAGCUGGUUGGCAAGCUAAUGGCCAGUCAGCCUAUGGCAAUGCUGGGGUGCCUAGGAUCCCAAGGGCCACAGCCACCAACAGCUGGGACAGCAGGACCAACCUGGAGAUGACUCCGAGCAACAGUCGGCAGAACCUGAUCCCUGGGGGGAGGAACUCGCGGCUCUACGGGGACCAUGAUGAUUCUUAUGCUCCGUCUCGACAGAACAGCCUCUAUGCCCGCCCCCAGAACAACCCGUAUUCCCAGAGUCGUCCACAGAACAACCCGUAUGCUCAGAGCCAAGGCCACAGCAACCCCUACAUGAACUAAGAAGAAGACAGUCUGACUAAUGAGGAAGCACAAUUGUCCAUCCUUCAGUGACAUUUAUCCAGAUCAGAAACUGGGCUGGGAACACCUCAACAUUCUCCUUUUUGUGAUGUUCCCACUCAAAUAACUUUAUUCCUAAACACCACCAGGUCUUGUGCAAUAGCUGGAGUAACAUGCAAAAAAGUGUAAACUCUAAUUUGACCAAUAAUGGGCUGUUAUGAAUAAUUUGUGGCUUUUUAUAAUCGUUGUGAAAGUUUGGAAUAUGAGAUACACUGUGGGUCUUUUAAAGCUUUCUCAAUAUUUAGUUUUGUCAAUCAAUUAAGAUGUUACUUUUUAAUGAUUACACAUUUCACAAACCUUCAAAAGAGGGGCAGUUUGAUAUAUUAUUAUAAAUAAAUAAUUCUCUUACCUAGGUUAUUUGAGGCUCGUCUAUGAAUUUACAGGUUGUCGUUUUGUAUUUGAAAUGUGUGAUGUUUAUUAUGAUAAUUCAUUUUCUAUUUAACUCAGUUGUUGUGAAUGAGACGGGUUUCUUUUGUUCGCCAUUUAAUGAGUUAUUCCUAAAUUAGGGCAUGUCAGAUCCCUCCUUAUAUAUGAGAGUAUAAUUUGUGUAAAGUGUUUACUACAUUGAAAUUGUUGGAUGUAUUAUUUUGUAUAUUUAGUUUAAUUUCCAACCAAUUUCAGGUCUGAUUGAUACCAAAUGAUAUUCAACAUGAAAAAAUAAAACCAACAAUACUUUUA